UAGCAGCGUGACUAUACCCCGCGAGGUUAACAUCGCUGGCAGCGAGAAGAAAUCGCGCUAGUAUUUAGUAAACCGUCGUCCCGGUCGGAAGCAUGGUCCGCACAUCAUCGUAACGUGCGAGCGUGUAAGACGGAACACAACGGAAUACAGAAAACACACAGCUGGUGUCUGGGCGUCGUUUUGGUUAUCUGCCCCGUUUUGGUCUAUCCCGAAGGAGUGAACCCCCCAGUGAAUAAAAAGACGGCUUGAGUCCUAUUCGAACUGGUGGCGCGCUACAACUACUUUCACUGCCAGCUCACUCCGCAUCCAACCAACGAACCGCACACAACGGCAGGAUGGGUUUGCUAAGCGAAGGCAGUCCUUUGACGUGGGACGAAACGAAGGCGCUGGCGCAGCACGUCCGCGAGCACGGCAUCGAGCAGUUUAUCAAUCUGUUCGCGCGGCUAAAAGAUCGCCAGGGCGAUGUGCUGAAGUGGGGCGACGAGGUGGAGUACAUCAUCGUUCGCUUCGAUGAUAAGCAGCGCGCGGUGCAGGUAUCGCUGCGUGCGCAAGAAAUACUGGCCCUGCUGAACGAAAAGGAGGCGGCCGAUCCGCAAGGAGUAAAAUCGCUUUGGCGUCCCGAGUAUGGCGCGUACAUGAUCGAGGGAACGCCCGGCAAGCCGUACGGGGGGCUGCUCGCCCAUUUCAACGUCGUCGAAGCGAAUAUGCGCUACCGCCGUAUGGAGGUGGCCGCCCUGCUACCGGAGAACGAGGUAGUCAUGUCGAUUACAAGCUUCCCCCGGUUGGGCUGUCCAGGGUUCACGUUCCCACCGGCCGUCCCAACGCCGGACGAUGAGCUGUGUGCUGCGCGGUCGAACUUUUUCCCCGACGAAGCCAUCUUUCCCGGCCACCCGCGGUUCAAGACGCUCACGCGCAACAUUCGCCAACGGCGGGGAGAGAAGGUGUCGAUCAAUUUGCCCAUCUUCCCGGACCGCGAUACGGUGGUGCCGGUCCCGGGCAGCAUACCGUCCCAUCCGGACUACGUGCACAUGGAUGCGAUGGGGUUCGGUAUGGGAUGUUGCUGUUUGCAGCUUACGUUCCAGGCGUGUAACAUCAGCGAGGCCCGUACGCUGUACGAUCAGCUGACGCCGAUGUGUCCCAUUAUGCUGGCGCUGACCGCGGCCAGCCCGGCGUACCGCGGAUUCCUGACCGAUGUGGAUUGCCGGUGGAACGUAAUUUCGGCCUCGGUCGACUGCCGCACGCGGGAGGAGCGUGGCGAGGUGCCGCUGAAGAACGAUCGGUUCCGCAUUUACAAAUCGCGUUACGAUUCGAUCGAUUCCUACCUAUCACCGGCAGGAGAGAAAUACAACGAUGUGCCUUUGGUGCUGGACGACGCGCUCUACAAGCGGCUGCGCGAGGGUGACAUCGACCAUCUGCUGGCGCAACACAUCGCCCAUCUCUUCAUACGCGACUCGGUGUCGCUGUUCAGCGAGAAGGUCCACCAGAACGAUCGCGAGGACACGGAUCACUUCGAAAACAUUCAGUCCACCAACUGGCAAACGAUGCGGUUCAAGCCACCGCCCCCCAACUCGUCGAUCGGGUGGCGCGUCGAGUUCCGGCCGUGCGAGGCACAGCUGACCGACUUCGAGAACGCAGCCAUCGUGUGCUUCGUGGUGCUGCUGACGCGCGUCAUCCUUUCGUACCAGCUCGAUUUCCUCAUUCCCAUCAGCAAGGUGGACGAAAACAUGCAAAACUCGCAGAAGCGUGGCGCCGUGCUGACCGAGCGCUUUUGGUUCAAGAAAAACAUUACCGCCAUUCCGCCCGGUCCGGCACAGCAGCCGGACGGUGAUGAGACGCAACGGAAAUCGGCCGAACAGCAGCAGCAGCAGCAGCAGCAUAAUGGCACCAGCGAUGAAUCGGCCGGUUCCCGUUCCGGUGCGGACGAGUACGAGCUGAUGACGAUCGAUCAGAUUAUCAACGGCAAAGGGACAUUCCCGGGCUUGGUGCCGCUGAUUAACAGUUAUCUCGGUUCGAUGGAUGUCGAUGCGGACACACACUGCACGAUUCAGCAGUACCUGAAGCUGAUACAGAAACGAGCGUCCGGUGAGCUGAUGACGACUGCGGCCUGGAUACGUCAGCAGGUCGUGUCACAUCCCGAAUACAAAAAUGAUUCCGUCAUCAGCGAGGGCAACUGCUACGAUCUGCUGCGAAAGGCGAAGGACAUCCAGGACGGUGUGCUGGCGUGCCCGGAACUGCUCGGCAACAACAUCAGCUCCAAAACGACGGACAACAUUCCGGCUGCGAUCGAGAAGCAUCUCACCAAGCGCUGUUAGUAGUGGUGCAGUCGUCGCAACGGUUGAUACUUACUUCAAAAGCGGGACGAUUCUGCGCCAGAUUGACCAUGCGUCCGGGCGUGUGAUGCGUUUGUAGUUCUCUGGCGUCAAAUCGAAUGCGGGUACUUCAAUGUUCAACGUUAGAGGGGCACAACGCGACCUAGAAUGGAAUUCCUGACAUCCCGUGCGCAAUUGCAUUUCUUGCCGCGAAACAGAUCGUGGAGCACCCCUUCAAUCGAUCCAUCGCCGGUCGUUUCUUACUGUUCUAUUGAUUCUAUUAAUGGUUUUUUCGAUCGUUCCGAUUGUGCAGUUUCACCAAGCGAAACAAAAGAACGAUCCCUUAAAGGAGACAGUUACUUAGGAGAUAGUGUGUGCCUAUAUGCGUGUGAGAGAGAGAGACGUGAUCGCAUGCGAUCGUUUUGCAGCCGAUAGGUUAUGGUUUUGUUUUGUUAAGUUUUACGUUGCGCAAUGAUAAUUUACGAAUUCUAGCGAGGAACGCACCAUCCUUUUUAACCCUCUGGGUCUGGGUGUAAAUCAUCACGGCACUCCAACCUUUCAUUUCCUUCCUUCAAAUCCAAAGACUCGACUCCCUUCAACCGUGUAUUCGUAUUUCUUCGUUCAUUUUCACAGCGGACGCCGAAAGCGAAAGGGUGCCGAAACAGCCGGCAGUAUGCACAACUCAGACACUCAGAUAAUACACCCAGCGACCUGAACAUGAACGUGAGGUUAGUGGGAGGGCAGUUACAAAGAAAGCAAGGACAGCCGCUCGCAACGUGCACAUCGAUCACCGCACCCCGAGAGCGAAGCCCUGCGGGGUAUGGUUGACUGAUGAAUGUUCCAGGGCAGCACCAGGCAUCAGAAAAGCACGAAGAACAAAUUGUUGUUAUACAGAAAUAUAUAUACAUAGAUUUAUAUUAUUAGAUCUCUAACUGA